AUGAACAACCCACCUCUGUAUGCCGUACAAAACACUACCACUCGGGCAUGGGCUGUUGGCAGCAACCCGUUCAUUUUGAAUGUUGCGCGCUCGCAGUGGGGGAUGCCUAUUGGCUUUGUCAAUCCCACUGUGAUCAACCGCGACAGCACUACGAGUUUUCAAGGAGUAUCUCAACUGCCUCCGCACACCUAUUUCGAACUCAAGAGAGAUGAAAAUGGGUGGCUUUUGAGCACGCAAGAGCGCAGAGACCCUCUGUUCUCUGCCUUGAGCCCCAGAAUCACGGACUACGACGAAGCAGGUUCCGCUUUUGUCUCCGCCGUGCAGAAGGCAGUCUCUGAGAUCACCGAGUCCGACAAGGAGGUUGCCUCUCUCCUCUCGGGAGGUAUCGACUCGGGCGCGGUCACUACAUUUGCUGUUCGCGCCGGCCUCAAGGUGACGGCCUAUAGUGCCGGAUCGCCCUGGGGAAAUGAGCAUGAAGAAGCCCAAGAGCUGGCGGAUUUUCUGGGCAUCCCACUCGUCCGCCUUGAGCUAUCAGCGAAAGAUCUUCUCGAUGCGGUUCCCGAGACCAUGCGAGCCUUGGGUACCGCAGAGAGAGAGCGAGUGGAUAUCCAGAUAACCUUGACGGCCUUGAUGCGCAGCGGUCUCAUCAAGGAGAAGCACAUCCUCACUGGCUACGGCAACGAUCUCAUGCUGAUUGGUUUGCCACCCGACUCUACCGACGCCGACGUGUUGAUUCGAGACAUCAUCACCGAGGUUGACCUUGCGCGUCACAGCGGCGAGUUCCAGGACUUUGUCGCCGGAACGUGGGGAAAGAAGCUCUCUCAUGUGUACUGGCAUCAGGACGUGAUUCAGACAGCUCUGGAUAUUCACCCGUCUUGUAAGGUUCAUGGUGGCCGUGAGAAGGCGUUCUUCAGAGCUGCGAUGGAACAGUUCAUACCAAAGACUGCUGCUUGGCGCAAGAAGAUCGGUAUUCAUGUCGGGGGUGGCAUGCAGGGUGGCCUGGACGCUUUGUUUGGGGGGCUGGAUGGGAAGGUUGAGGUGUAUAACAGAAUCUUCCGCGCACUUUCUGGUCAGACUCUGGCUGAUCCGUUUGGUUCUAUCGACCAUCUGGCUCCUACAUCGGAGGAAUCCGGAAAAUGA